AGCCGCGGCAGUUUGUGAGGAAAGGAGGCGGCGGCGGCGGCGGUGGCGGCGGUGGUGGGAGGGGAGAGCGAGCGCGGAGCCUCCCUCGCUGCGCGGCCUCUCUUUCCGCGGGGGCCGCGGCCUUGGGCCCGCUGCGCAGACGCACAUCGGAGCGAUGAAGGAAAGCAUCCAAGACAAGAAGUACUGGGGGGGCCCCCCCAGCCUCCACGACCCCAUGGGGCACCCCGACCAGUUUUGCAGAGCUUCCCGAGAAUGGCGCGACCCGGAGCACCAACGAGGCGGCUGCUUCGAAGGGAGCCGGCGCCUGGCCUGCGCCAAGAAGCCGCUUCCCAGUUUCAACCCCUUGUCCUCCAGCAGCGACGAGGAACAUCGCGAAGGCCAGUGGGAUCUCUCCCGCGUAUCCAGCUGGGGGGUGGCGGGGGGCCCUUCGGAGCUCUCCCGGCACAAAGCCCCCCGGGGGAAGUUGGCCAGGAGCGGAGGGCGCGCCUGGCCUUUCGAAGUCGGCACCGGCGCUCAGGCCAGAAGGCGUCCGCAGCUGCUGGGGACCUCCAGACAUUGUUUCCGCCGCAAGCGACAACGGGCUCUGCGCGCUUUCCGGAUGUUUCUGUAUUCCAAGAGCUCUCUGGCUUUCCACUGGAAGCUGUUGGGCAAGAUGGCCACCAAGGGACGCCGGCGAGGAGGGGCAAAGCGGGCCCGGUCGUCUAUGUCCCUCUCCCCUGGCUCCCAGCCCGACGACGACCACCUCCCAGUCUUUAAGAAAAGCUGCCCUUUGGGAGCAGAGGCGGAGGACUGCCAAAGCGCGGCCAAGGGCCGGCCCCACUCUUCUGAGCCACGGCUGGACUACGAAUUGGGGGGAGCCUUCCCCCCGUCUCCAUCCACGCCUCAGCACUCCCGCCUCAGCUUGCUGGGGGCCCUGAUAGAAGAGGCGUCCCCCUACCCUCAGUACAUGGAGCUCCAGCGGGUGAGCUUCGACAAGGACCCCGGAGCCAUGGAACCCGGGGAGGAAGAACCGGCCACCCUGCUCAAAUACCCUGCCCGGGGUGCCCAGGUGUCCCCCAGGACUAGGAAGAUGGGAGAGCCGCAGCACGGCCUGGACGGAGAUGGAGACGCCCUGGAUGCCCUUCCCAACGGUUUCGCGUCUCUUCCUCCGGACGGUGACCUCUGCUCCCUGCCCGGCUUGCCGGACGCCACAAUCCUCAUCAGCAACGUCUGUAGCAUCGGAAGCCACGUGGCCGAGGAACUUUUCCAAGGGACCCGAGACAACGGCCGGCCGCUGGAUCCUUCAGCCGGCCGGGUGGAAGGCGGGAGCCAGCCGGCCGAUGCGGCUGCCGAAGAGGCCGAAGAGAGGCCCGGUGAGAACGCGGCUCAGCCCAGUCUGCUGCGGGAGGAGCACAUCACGUGCGUGCACAACAUCUUGGACGAGUUCCUGCAGACGUAUGGCAGCCUCAUCCCCAUCAGCGUGGACGAGGUGGUGGGGAAGCUGGAGGACAUCUUUCAGCAGGAAUUCUCCACCCUCCAGAGGAAGAGCUUGGUGAACCAGCUGAUCCAGUCCUACCAGCGCAUGCCGGGCAACGCCGUGGUUCGGACCUUCCGGGUGACUUACAAACGCCACGUGGUGACCAUGGAUGACCUGCAGACCCUUUUUGGGUCCAACUGGCUCAAUGACCAGGUGAUGAACAUGUAUGGGGACCUCGUUAUGGACACGGUGCCAGAAAAGGUUCACUUUUUCAACAGUUUUUUCUACGAUAAGCUACGAACCAAGGGGUACGAAGGCGUGAAGCGUUGGACCAAAAAUGUGGACAUUUUUAACAAAGAGAUCCUGUUGAUCCCCAUCCAUCUGGAGGUUCACUGGUCGCUGAUCUGCGUGGAGGUGAAGCAGAAGAAGAUCACCUACCUGGAUUCCCAGCGCACCCUCAACCGGCGGUGUCCCAAGCACAUCUGCAGGUACCUGCAAGCCGAAGCGGAUAAGAAGAACCGUCCUGACUUCCGAGAGGGCUGGAGAGGGGUUUUCCAGAUGAACAUCGCCCGACAAAACAACGACAGUGAUUGUGGAGCCUUCGUCCUGCAGUAUUCCAAAUUCCUGGCCCUGGGCCUGCCCUUCGCCUUCACGCAGCAGGACAUGCCGAAACUCCGCCGACAGAUGUACAAGGAGCUGUGCCACUGCAAACUCCUCGCGUGACAGCCCGGCUGCACAACUCCCCCCUCCCCACACACACACACACGUCCCCCUCCUCUCUUUCUCACCCCCUCCCCCACACACACACCCCAACCUCCCCACCAGGGAUGCCGCAGGACCACCGUCCCAUCCUUGGACAGGAACGCCUCUUCGUCCGGCCUCCCUGGGUUUCAGCCAGAGACAAGGGGACUGCCUGAGGUUUGAUCAACCGGACUUACGGGGGGGGGGGGGGCGGUUUUUUUAAAGCCAAGUUACGCCCUGAUCCUUCCUUUCUUCCUUCCUUCCUUCUUUUUCUUUCUGGUCAUUCUGUUUGGUUUUUUGUUCCUAUUUAAACCUGGGACAGGGUGGCCUUUCUCUCGGUUGUUUUGUUGGGGAAUUGAGGGGGAAGAGGGUUUUGGGGGUCUGUUGGCAUUGUGGGGGGUGACCGAGACGGGGCCCCGCUCUCUGCGGAGGCUCCCUGCAGAUCCGAGAAAAGCGUGGGGAAAUCCUGAACUCAGGACCGGAAAGGGAGGGGGGGCACGGGAGACCCCUGCACAGAAACACACCACACCCCCUCUCGUGUUAUGUCACCCCCGUGGCUUCAUUGUGUUAGUUCAUAAUGUAUUUCUCCCUCCGCCCCCCCCUCCCCCAAAAAAGGGGAAGGCGUUGGAAAAGAGGGAAGGGGGCUGCACUGGGGUGGGCCGGGGGUGGGGUGGGGGCGAGGUUUCUACACUGGGGCCGAGAUUAACUGAAAACAAGCGUUUUUUUAUACAAUGGCUGCCAUUGUGGGUAAUAAAAAUUGUUCUUUGGAGAA